AUGCCGGCCACCCCCAGACCAGCUCUGCUGCUGCCACUGCUGCUGCUGCUGCAUGUCCCACAGGCUGCAAGAGCCCAGGUCAACCCUGCGGUGUGUCGGUACCCCUUGGGAAUGUCGGGCGGGCACAUCCCUGACGAGGACAUCUCAGCCUCUAGCCAGUGGUCCGACUCCACAGCUGCCAAGUACGGCCGGCUGGACUCGGAGGAUGGUGAUGGAGCCUGGUGCCCCGAGACUGCAGUGGAGCCAAAUGACCUGAAGGAGUUUCUGCAGAUUGACCUGCACGCCCUGCACUUCAUCACGCUGGUGGGCACCCAGGGGCGCCACGCCGAGGGCCAUGGCAAUGAGUUUGCCCCCAUGUAUAAGAUCAACUACAGUCGAGACGGCACCCGCUGGAUCUCUUGGAGGAACCGGCAUGGGAAGCAGGUGCUGGAUGGAAACACCAACCCCUAUGACAUUGUCCUCAAGGACCUGGAGCCGCCCCUCAUUGCCCGCUUUGUCCGUUUCAUCCCCGUCACUGACCACUCCAUGAGCGUCUGCCUGCGGGUGGAGCUGUACGGCUGCGUCUGGCUGGAUGGGCUGGUGUCCUACAACGCACCAGCCGGGCAGCAGCUCAUCCUUCCUGGGGGCACCGUCAUCUACCUGAACGACUCGGUGUACGAUGGGGCGUUCGGGUACAGGGGCUGUGAAGAGCUGCUGAGGGAGUGCUGGGUGGUGGCAGACCCCACGCUCAAGGUAGAUGACAGCAACACGCGCAUCCUGAUCGGGUGCCUCGUGGCGAUCAUCUUCAUCCUGGUGGCCAUCAUUGUCAUCAUCCUGUGGCGGCAGUUCUGGCAGAAGAUGCUGGAGAAGGCAUCACGGAGGAUGCUGGAUGACGAAAUGACCGUCAGCCUCUCCCUGCCCAGCGAAUCCAGCAUGUUCAACCACAACCGCUCCUCCUCCUCCAGCGAGCAGGAGUCCAGCUCCACCUACGACCGCAUAUUCCCCCUGGGACCUGACUACCAGGAGCCCUCCCGCCUGAUCCGCAAGCUGCCCGAGUUCACCUCUGGGGAGGAGGACACAGGCUGCAGUGGCCCUGUGAAGCCGUCCCAGGCCAGCGUCCCCGAGGGCGUCCCGCACUAUGCUGAGGCCGACAUCGUGAACCUGCAGGGCGUGACGGGCAGCAACACCUACUCAGUGCCAGCCCUCACCAUGGACCUGCUCUCCGGCAAGGAUGUGGCCGUCGAGGAGUUCCCCAGGAAGCUCCUGACCUUCAAGGAGAAGCUGGGGGAAGGCCAGUUUGGGGAGGUUCAUCUCUGUGAGGUGGAGGGGAUGGAGAAGUUCACAGGGAAGGACUUUGCCCUGGAGGGCUUGGAUGGCAGCUCUGACCGCCCCGUGCUGGUGGCUGUGAAGAUGCUGCGAGCAGACGCCAAUAAGAAUGCCAGGAAUGAUUUUCUGAAGGAAAUCAAGAUCAUGUCGCGGCUGAAGGACCCAAACAUCAUCCGGUUGCUGGCAGUGUGCAUCACGGACGACCCGCUGUGCAUGAUCACUGAGUACAUGGAGAAUGGAGACCUCAACCAGUUCCACUGCUCCCGCCAGCAGGCAGCGGACACCCCUGCCGGCCACGCACCCACCGUCAGUGACCUGCGUUUCAUGGCCACCCAAAUAGCCUCCGGCAUGAGGUACCUCUCCUCCCUCAACUUCGUGCACCGAGACCUGGCCACGCGCAACUGCCUGGUGGGGAAGCAGUACACCAUCAAGAUUGCCGACUUUGGCAUGAGCAGGAAUCUCUACAGCGGGGACUACUACCGCAUCCAGGGGCGGGCGGUGCUCCCCAUCCGCUGGAUGUCCUGGGAGAGCAUCCUGCUGGGCAAGUUCACAACGGCCAGUGAUGUGUGGGCGUUUGGUGUGACACUGUGGGAGACCUUCACACUCUGCCGGGAACAGCCCUAUUCCCAGAUGUCUGACGAGCAGGUCAUUGAAAACACCGGCGAGUUUUUCCGGGACCAGGGCCGGCAGACCUACCUUCCCCAGCCUGCACUGUGCCCUGACAGAGUCUAUAAGCUAAUGCUCAGCUGCUGGAGACGGGACACCAAGGAUCGUCCCUCCUUCCAGGACAUCCAUCGCCUUCUCCAGGAGUCAGCCAGCGAAGAAUGAUCCUUGGCUUCUCCCAAGCCAGGUCCCCAUCCCUCCCCGCCCCCAGAGGAGCCCCAUAUGCAAACUGAAGCCACUUCACUUGGACUCAGCAAUAAACCCCGGGCAGCUGGUCUUGUUCUCAUUGUACAGUGAAGCCUCAGAGGAGAACCCCAAGGACAGCAAAGAGAGCCACGACGUGGGACGACUCAGACCUCCCGCUUGCUUGCAGACCUGGGCCCGGGAGCAGCGCGGGCUGGGAUGAGGGUUAUUUAUUGACGCAGCAUGUCCUUGGUGACAAGGACCAGGACAGAGCGGCUUCUCUUCCCCGACUGGAGGGGAGGAAGGGCAGCUGGACUUUCUCUGUGAGGAAGCUCUCAGCCCGCACAGAGGGUAGGUGCCUGGGGAAGGGAUGUGUGCGGAUAUGUGCCUGCUGGAGCAGGGACCGACCAGCAGCCACUACCUGUUUGAGGAGGAGCUGGGAGCUGCCACCAGCUCUCAGUGGGCUGUGCAAUUACAGGGUGAAAAGAAACACUCUCUGGACAUUUGGGACUUUGGACAUGGCUCAUGGAGAGGCCAGAAGCGCCGUCACUGCUGGCCACCAGACCCCAGUUGCACAGGGAGAAGCCUGAACCACUCCCAGCACCUCACCCUGCUGCUGGAGCAGGCAGCAUGCUCAGCCGUGGCUGUUCUGUGUCAGCCAGGAAGGAGCAGGCAUCACCGAGGGGACAUCCCCUCACGGACCACAGCCACUCCAGAGCAGCUCAAUUGCCCAUGAAAUGCAUUUUGGAUACCCUAUGGGGUGAUGCGUGGCAACUGGCAGCAGGAUGUCAGCACCUUUCACUUCCAUGGGGAAAUCUCCAGGUCCUCCUCUCCCAGGGUUAACCCACAUCUUCACCUGUCAGGAGAGGAAGGCACAUAGCAGAGCUUCGUUGGCUGCUGCCCGAUGCCCAUGCCUGCUACAGCCCAUGGGCAUGGAGCAGGGCACUCCAGCUCUCCCUGGCUCUCAGCCUGGGAUCACAGUUCAGCUGACGUACCUGGCUGGACUCUGCCACCCUGAGCCUCCCACAGCAGCGUGGCACCAAUCCAUCCUCCCAGAUCCAGCAGCAUCAUGAGCAAACUGGGCAGGUGCCAAAGCCAUGUGCCUCCAGGAGCCCUGGCAGGUUACUGGCUACGCCCCAAAAUUGGACCCUCCUGCAGCUGGACAGGAGGAACUUUGUACUUGGAGGGCACAUGGACCCCUCCAUACUUUUGUAUGCAUUAGUUCAGCACCAUCAGUCACGCGUGGCACAGUUCCCAGUAUUCCAUUGCUAAGGCAUGUAUAUAUUCAG